GUCAGAAGUCAGAAUUAUUUUGAUUUUUUCAGAAAUGUUUUUAUUCUAAUUUUUAUAUACACACGUAAAAGUGAUAACGACAUAAUAUUAGUUAGUAAUAUGAUGUAAAAACUUAAAAAUGAUUUUUUUUAUCCGGAAUUAAAAGGAUUAUUAAUCACUCAUUGGACAAAGUAUUAUCUUAAAUGUAAUACUGCUUGUGUACAGAAAAAUGGAUUUCGAAAGUCCUGAUGUUGAAAAAGAUUUUCCUGGUCUAUACGCCUCAGAAGCCGGACGAAAGAGCAAUGAAAGCGAUUUUAGUGAUGGAGGGGAUGAGAAACCUAGUAAAAAAGAUUUAUUAGGACGUAGAAAAGAUAAAAAAGAAUCUAAGAAAGACCGAGGAUAUGCAGCUUUAGCGGGUGAAAGUUCUCCAGAAGAAGAUACAGACACUAAAAGUCCAUCAAAAUCAAAGAAGACAAAAUCUUUCAAGUUCCCUACAAAAAGUAAAGAAAAGAGGGAGAAGUCAAGGGACAAAGAAAAAGUAUUAGAGGAUGUUUCCAAGCAGAGAGAGUUAAACGAGAAAGAAAAGAAGAAGGAAAAAGAAAGAGAGAAGGAGCGGGAAAGGGAAAAAAAGGAAAAAGAGAAACGGGAGAAGCUUAAAGAAAAAGACAAGGAGAAGGAAGAAAAGGCGAAGUUCAAAUUGGAGUCCAGAGAAAAGUUAAAGGACGAUAAAAAAGAAAAAGUAAAAGAAACUAAGGAAAAAGUAAAGGAUAAAGAUAAGGAGAAGGUAAAAGAGAAAGAUAAGGAAAAGGUAAAAGAGAAGGAAAAAGAUAAAAAGGAUAAGAGGCUCACUAAAGUGCCGUCUACAGUCACAUCAGGAGUGCCGUUUGAAGAAAUAUUCACAUUAGGAGUUGCCCUUCCAAUAUUCGGAGUACCGUUGCAUCAGUCUGUGGAAAGAUCGCGUUGCCAUGACGACACUGGGUUGCCGCUUGUUGUAAGGGACAGUAUCGAUUUCUUACAGGCUAAUAUAAAGUCGAACCAGCUAUACCGGGUAGAACCAGACAAGAUCAAACUCCAGCAGCUGCGGAAGCUGUAUACUGAUAGAGGACCAACUUUUCCCUAUCAUUGGGAUGUACCCGUCGCCUGUUCUAUGCUCAAGAUGUUUAUCGGGGAACUACCAGAAUCGAUUCUCACCCAGGAGUUGCAUGGUCAAUUCGAACAGGCCACGGCGAUAUCAGAACCCCAAAGGGAAACCACUAUGGUGGUAUUACUCAAUAAGCUGCCGUCGUGUAAUCUAGCACUGGUCGGAUGGGUCAUGAGGCACUUUGAAUGUGUCCUUGCUAAUGAACAGGCAAAUCACGUGAACAUACAAACACUUUGUACGUAUAUGUGUCCGGCCUUGGGCGUGUCUCAGAACUUGCUCGCGUACCUCGUCAAUAAGGCUGAGAAAAUGUUCCCCGAUGUUUACCUCACUAAAUACGUCCCACCACUACUUUCGAUUCCGCCAGAUUUUCCGGAAAAUGCGAAUGAAAUUUCAACAGAACUGCGCAAACAAGAGUCGGUAUUGAAUCAGAUCCAUUCGGAGAUGCACGCGGGAGUCGUCACUGCGGAUAGAGACCAACAACUUUGGGAGGCUCAACGGAUCGUCACGCAACUUAAGAGAAAAUUACGAUUAGUCCAAAAAUCCGUUGAACCGACAUCGCUUCCACUACAACAACACUCAAUAGAUGACAAACAAGACGAACAACAAAACGAACAGACAGACGAAGAUAAAAAACAAGACACACCAAACGACUUGACAGAUAGCAAAGAAACUGAAUCAGAACUCAAAUCUGAAAUCCAAGACCCAACGUUCCCAGUAGACUUCGAUUCACAAACAGAAUUCCCAGUAGAAUUCGAUUCACAAACAGAAUUCCCAGUGGAAUUCGAAGAUAAUUUCGAAUUCAAAGAAAAAGAGAACGAAAUUGAAGUGGAAAAACCUAAAUUAACAGAAAAGGAAUUAAAAGUGUUACGGUUGCAAUUAGAAAACGCGGAAUAUUUACAACUGAAAUCUAUUCUACAAGCUAAAAUUAAUUCGGAGCAAUUCGAAAUCGUUAAACUGCGGAGUCACGUGGCGUUGAAGAAUAAACAAGAGGGUCAGAAAGAGAAAGAGAUCGGCCAAGAAGAUAUAGAGUUGAAGCAGCGGCUGUUGAAGGACAAUGCUAUGUUGGAACAGAAGAGAUUGACUUUGGUGAAUCAGAUAUUCCAAGAGAGGGUCGCGUGUAUACAGUUGAAGAUUGAGUUGGCUAUGAAGGAAAUUAUGUCGAAGUCGUAAAAAAAAUAGAUUUUCUUGCUACCAAUACUUAGCACGAACAAUUUGCUUAAAUCAAAGCUUAAUAGAAAAUCUUUGUAUGGAAAACUUAUAACCGUUCCAUGUUUGGAACUAAACAAACUAACAUGUAUCGUUCGUGCGCAGAUCUGAAUUUUGCUAUAGUCGACGCAUUAUGAACGAGGCUUCGGGUAAGACAGAGAAAUCAUAUUUAUCUGUCUGUCUCGCUCGCACUUACAGGUCUUAUGGAGAGGUGUAGUGAUGUGCGUAAGAAUUGUAGAGAUGCAUAUCGAUAACGGGAUAGGUACGAUCGAUAUGCUAAAUAAUGUUAAGUAUUAAUAGGAAUAAUUUUUCGCUAUCUGAAAAUAAAUGUUUUUAUUUUGUAAGAUAAAAUGUUUGUUUCAACGUAAUCAUAGAGAAACUGUAUAGAUCAUAAUGUGUGAAAUGGGGCGUUUUUAUCUUUUCUAGGGAUAUUUCUUAGUUC